GAAAGAACAAGUGGCACUACUCGAAACAGAGAACGCCGAGUUGAAACGAAGGUUGGAAAAGCGUUCUCGGCACGACUCGAACGGUAGUAUACCCUGCUCCCCUCGCGGGUCGUCUGGUGGAGCGACGCGCGCGAGCUCUAAGGCGUCCUCCAGUGGGCAGACCGGAACCAGUAUGAGCAAUCUGGGUAAUGUGGAGGCGGCACGAUACCAACAGCAAGCGAGGGAUUUGCGCAAGCAGCUAGAGGAGAAAGAAGCAGAAGUGCUGUCAUUGAUGCAGACGUUGUCGAACACGCAGCGGGAACUGCAGGACCACGACAACCGGAUUCCGAGGUCGAGUUCCUUGGUUCAGCACCGGAGCCGGUCCGGGAGUGGCGAGCGUAGGCUGCACUUAGGCCCGAACAUCUCCGAACAACGCCAUGGAAGCAAGGAAGGACUCGGAAGAAGGGACGAGCAGAACCAGGCCAGCACGGUGAUGUUGCUUCGUGACGAUCUCGAGCUGAGUCGUCGCGAAACCGCAGAUGCCCGUAAAGACCUGGCGCGUGCGCAGGAAAAGCUGCGUCUGGCGGAGCACCGAUUGACCGAGGAGAGCGACAACUCGAGGAAACUAGAUGCGGAUACAUUCGAGAAGCGGAAAGCCAUUCGCCAGCUGGAGACGGAUCAAGCUGCGUGGGCCCAGGAACGCGGUGAGCUUCAGGAGCGAAUAGCGGCGCUCAAUCAGCAGCUUGCAGACGUAAGCGAGAAACAAGCACAGUCGCGCGUGCGCGAACGGAGGGUUGAAGAGCGUGCGGAGGAGGACGGCAGCAAGUUGCGACAGGAAGUUGCAGAUCUGCGCGAAACUGAAAAAAGUUUGUUGCACGAACUUGAGGAGCUUCGUGUACCAUUUAUUUCUAAUGCAUGCUACGAGGUACGAGCGCAUAUUGAGUUCUUUUCUUGGCUUUUCUCGUAAGUGUGUGAACUCGAUGUUCAGUAGAUGUACUUAGUUGUAGAUGAGAUGCACGAUCAUUUCUGGUGCUGUGAAAGUGAAGCAUGUUUUUACUUCUAAAUAGUGGUCGACCAGUGCCUGUCAAUAAUGAGAUAUUUUUUAUUCUGCUGAGAGGCGUGAUAGCUUAUGAUAUAUUCGUCGAUAGUGGAUACUCUAUCUCUUCUUUAUUUCAUCAGCCCGAAGAGGAGCGUCUGCGACAGGAGGUGGAGUCGCUUCGGCAUGAGAUCGAGGAGAUGGAAAGAAGACAGGUGUCGCAAAAGAAGCAGAUCGACGCUGCCUGGCAGAGGAGCAGGAGUCUCGAGGAGCAGCUGGACGCUGAACUGAGUCGGGCUAGCUUCUUGGAGCAAACCAUCGAGUGUCUCAAGCAGGAGAAAGCGGUUCUUCAAGAGGAGAUUCGUAGUCUUGAAGCCAACCACUUGCGUGAAAAAGACGCGGCAUCCUCUGAUUUGCGGUUGUCGAAGAUGUCCUUGCGUGACCGUGAUCGCGACGUCGACGAUGAAGAGGUGAAGAUUAUGCAGAGUCGAGAGCGGCGCGAGAUGGGAGAUCUGGCGCCCGCAUCUGAAAGCAAGUCGAGGAUGAAUUGGAACCAUGAUAUUUCGGCGACUGUAAGGCACUCUUACAGUCGGAACGCAUCACCGAACUCGACGAGCGCAGCACGCGACGGUUGCACAACAACAAGAAGCGCAUCUUCGGGGAGACGAGGGACGCGCUGGACCGUGGAUCAGUACGCCGACGAACGGCAUGGUGAACCACGUGGAACUAGAUCGAACCACGUGACGCCGCAUCGCCCUGCGAGUGCGACCUCUUCAAGUGGACUGCGGCGCGGUGAAGAGUUCGGCAGUUCCUCGACAGGGCGGCUUGGAAGCAUGAGUCACUCCCGGCGCCGUCGUAACUCUGGAAAUAAAUUCAGCGAUUUUGAAGUUGACGAUGGCGACACCAGAGGCAACGAACGUAGCGUCACGACAGGAAAUCGGAGCUCUCCUUCGUUAUUUUCAGCAGCGCGACGAGGGAUCGGAGGGGAUCAUAGACGUCGCGGAGAAGCAACGCGCGGGGACCGCGAAGCAUGGCCUGGAGCGCAGCCGCGGCACGUGGUAGACCAUUACAGGGAUGACGGACACGACCACGUGGAUCACGACAGUUCCGUGGAUUUUCUCGUCACAGGGAACGGAUCGACGCAGACCUCCUUAGCGCGCGAGCAGAAGUCCGCAACUUCUUCGUCCUCUAAGAAAGGCCUCAAUGCUGGAAAACUGCAUAAUAAUCAUAGUCGCAAUCCGCAUACGCGACAGUUUAACAGCUCUUCAGAAGAGGAUCAAAGUAUAUUUCUCUCGCGGAGACCGAUCGCAGCCACACUGGGAGGUCCGCGGCGGGGCGCGUCCCGCGGAGCGCCAGGUGCGGGCGGAGCCGGGCAUUCUGGCGCUGGUCACAAAGCAACAAGAAGGCAGUCCGAUCCUCGAGGUCGCAAUCGUAACCGGCCGCAGUCGAGAAGCAGCUCCUCUGACUGUUCUCUAGAGCGCUUCGUCCGGGAGUCUGAUCCGACCUUUCGCUCUUCGAAGGACAGCAAAAAGAGCCAAGACACAAGAGGAUCAACAUCAAGGAAACGCUGGUGAUCAUACUUACUUCUUGCUGUUGUCCUUUAACCAAAAAUACUGAGAUUCGUUGGAGUCUAAGUAGUUGGUUCUUGAACGACUUCUAGUUUUGAAUGUGAAUGCCAAAGCCCCCUAGAGGGACAUUAGACCUUGAGCUUGGAGUUCAGAUGAAGUAUUGAACGUACGACGUUGAACUUGAAGCUGGUGCGGACCUACUUACGACCAUCAAAGCACUGAGCGUGAACGAUGCGCUUUACGUAUUAUAUAUAACCUCGUAUCUCGUUGAUUCGCGUUCGGGUUUAAGUUUAUAUCUUCUUCUUUGACCACCAAGACCAAGACCAACAUGAACAUGAAUCAAUAUUACUUAUGUUUUUUUUCAUUUUUUUCUCUGUCGUUUUUUUUUUUGGUUAUCUGCGCAUCCGUUAAUCCUUUUCUCUCAUUUAGUCGCAGUCUUUGUGGGCGUGCCACGUGUUACGUAAAUUACUAAUUAACUAGUUAUGUAUCCCUAUCUCGUUAUAUUCUGCGGCGUACUUACGCUUACUAUAAUGUAGUUGAUAACGUCAUGGAUGCCCUUACGGAUCAUUCUUCUUUACGGAAGAUUCUAAAAAAAGUAGAAGAUUCGGCUUCAGGGGUACUGCUAUUAUCAAAACAAGUGUACGUAUCUCUAUGUAAGCAUGUUGUGUGCGAUCUUCUCUUUUUGCUCGGGAGUGUGUUUACUCAACAACUAAGUGUGAAUUGAAUUGAAUUCUAUUAUCAGAUAUGAAUAUGUCCGUGACGUCGUUCUUCUUUAUCAUUUAUCAGUCUACAAAAUAGAAUCUUCAAUAUGAUCACGGUGCAACUUCAUAUUGUGUCCAAACAUGUUGAAAAUAUUUUAUUGUUUUUUUUGAAUCUUCUCUUUGUCAAUCUUUUCUUGUUCCCUGCUGCGGUUUCAGACCAGGCAAAGCCCUACUGUGACCUGACAAUCCAAGAACAACAAUGAACAAGGAUGGGAUCGAUCCUGACGUGAUGCGUGUAGAAUGUAGAAUUCUAGUCAAGUACCUUGGAAGUCCCGCAUCAACGCCUACAGUAAGACUACUACAUCGUAACCGGCCGCAGUAACCGGGCAUCAACGCCUAACUACAUCAUCGUGAGACUAAGAGCAAGUUCUCCUGAGUAGCAC